AUGAAUCAACUAUCAGAUUUAGAACUAGUAGCUCAAGCUAUGUCAUCGUCAGAACGCAAACCCCAAACCCAAACCCAAACCCAAACCCAAUCCAAUGGCAAUGGCGAUACAAACCAGAACAUAGAUCAGGAUCGGAAGCAUGAUAAAUCCCAGUCAGAUCCUAACUUCAUACCCAAUGUCAACGGCAACACCCAAUCUCGCACUGGUCAGACGCCAUCAGACUUACCGAAUCUCCAGUCACUCAAUCUCGCUAUAGACCCCACGACACUCACCUCCCUCAACUCCUUAAUGUCACUAUCAGACGACCAGCUUGAAAGACUUGACGAAUCUCAGAUAGAGGAGAUAAUGAAACAGCUGGAAAUUGCUGAUGAUGUUGCGGAUGAUUUGGAAGGCAAGUUGGAUAGGUUACUAGCUACGUUAGGAGCGGUCGAGGAGGACAUCGUUAAUGAUAUUGAUGAGAAGGGUGAUCAGCAGAAGGAGGAGGAGGAAGGGAUGGAAAACAAGUAG